UAAUUCUUAACAGGAUGAAUCGGAUGCGUCGGCAAGUCGUAGGAUCUCUGGCCGCGCCAGUCCGUGCCGGUGCCCGCGGCUGGGGCUGGUACCACCUAGCAGUGAAGAAGAUGAACGCUCCCAAAGCUGCGUCACUGGCGUACGACUUUGCGGUCCCGGAAUCGGCGACCCCGCGUCCUCGUGCGUUCCUCGAUGUGAAGAUCGGCAACACCGAACCGGAAAAGGUCGUGAUCGAACUCGCAUCUGACAUUGUGCCAAAGACGGCCAGCAACUUCUUGGAGCUCGUCAAAUCUGGCAAGUACAAGAACACUCCGUUCCACUUGGUGCAGAAGAACAACUACGUGUCCGGAGGCGACAUUACGCACGGCAACGGCCAAGGCGGCAUGACGGCCAGCGGCGCGCGCUACUUUGACGACGAGAACUUUGCCUUGCGCUAUACGGAACCGGGGGUUGUUGGCAUGGCGAACUCGGGUGUAAACACGAAUGGGUCGCAGUUCUUCAUCACGAGCAAGCCGAUGCCGCACUUGAACGGCCGCAACGUCGCAUUCGGUAAGGUUGUCGACGGCCUCGACGUCGUGCGAAAGAUCGAAAACGUGUACAGCGUCAAGGGCAAGCCGUUGACAGAAGUUGUCGUUGUCGACUGCGGCCUCUUGUAAGCGACCAAGGACACAGUAUGAUAUAACAUGAAUAGAACCACGCGAGAUGAUAGACUCGUCCAGGCACACGUCGUCGUCGGUCUCGUGGAUGGAAUGCUGCGAAGGAUGGAUUCCCCAUGUCAGUAGGAGGUCGAGACCCGAG